UCUGACUCACCCCCUCCUGCAGGCACCAUGGCCCGGAGCAGGGCACUGCUGUUCCUGUUGCUGUUGCCAUCGCAGCUGCAGCUGGGACCGGUGAGCACGGUGAGGUCUCCGGGGUUUGGCCGAGGUGGUGCCCACAGCCUGAGCCCUGAAGAGAACGAAUUCAUGGAGGAGCCAGUGUUGGUCCUGAGCCCUGAGGAGCCAGGGCCUGGCCCUGCCACCAUCAACUGCCCCCGAGACUGUGCCUGCUCCCAAGAAGGUGUUGUGGACUGUGGUGGCAUUGACCUGCGUGAGUUCCCGGGGGACCUGCCUGAGCACACCAACCAUCUGUCUCUGCAGAACAACCAGUUGGAGAAGAUCUACCCCCAGGAGCUCUCCAGAUUGCAUCGACUGGAAACUCUGAACCUCCAGAACAACCGUCUGACUUCCCGAGGGCUCCCGGAGGAGGCGUUUGAGCAUCUGACCAACCUCAACUACCUGUACUUGGCCAAUAACAAGGUGAGGGGCCCCCUGGUGUUGGAGGCUGAGCUCAGGGCAUCAGAGUGGUCAGAUAAUGAAAACGGAGGCCAAGGCCUUACAGAAGUGCAGGAAGGUGAUAGCUACUUGGAGGGCUUCCUGGAGGAGAUGGCAUUUGAGCAGGGCCAUGAAGGGACCUGUGUCUCAUCCCUCAGGUCUGUGUACCUGCACAACAACAAGUUGGCGGAUGCCGGGCUGCCGGACAACAUGUUCAACGGCUCCAGCAAUGUCGAGAUCCUCAUUCUGUCCAGCAACUUCCUGCGCCACGUGCCCAAGCACCUGCCACCUGCCCUCUAUAAGCUGCACCUCAAGAACAACAAGCUGGAGAAGAUCCCACCAGGUGCCUUCAGUGAGCUGAGCAAUCUGCGUGAACUGUACCUGCAGAACAAUUACCUGACUGACGAGGGUCUGGACAAUGAAACCUUCUGGAAGCUGUCCAGCCUGGAGUACCUCGAUCUGUCCAGCAACAACCUGUCGCGGGUCCCGGCAGGGCUGCCGCGCAGCCUCGUGCUCCUGCACCUGGAGAAGAACGCCAUCCGGAGCGUGGACGCAGACGUGCUGACGCCCAUCCGCAGCCUCGAGUACCUGCUGCUGCACAGCAACCAGCUGCACGCGCGCGGCAUCCACCCGCGGGCCUUCCAGGGCCUUAAGCGGCUGCACACGGUGCACCUGUACAACAACGCUCUAGAGCGCGUGCCCAGCGGCCUGCCCCGGCGCGUGCGCACUCUCAUGAUCCUGCACAACCAGAUCACCGGCAUUGGCCGCGACGACUUUGCCACCACCUACUUCCUGGAGGAGCUCAACCUCAGCUACAACCGCAUCACCAGCCCACAGGUGCACCGAGAUGCCUUCCGCAAGCUGCGCCUGCUGCGCUCGCUGGACCUGUCCGGUAACCGGCUGCACACCUUGCCACCCGGGCUGCCGCGCAACGUGCACGUGCUGAAGGUCAAGCGCAAUGAACUGGCAGCCCUGGCGCGCGGAGCGCUGGCCGGCAUGGCCCAGCUGCGUGAGCUCUACCUCACCGGCAACCGGCUGCGCAGCCGCGCCCUGGGCCCCCGCUCCUGGGCCGACCUUGCCCACCUCCAGCUGCUGGACAUCGCUGGGAAUCAGCUCACAGAGAUCCCUGAGGGGCUCCCUGAGUCACUCGAGUACCUGUACCUGCAGAACAACAAGAUUAGCACUGUGCCUGCCAAUGCCUUCGACUCCACGCCCAACCUCAAAGGCAUCUUUCUCAGGUUUAACAAGCUGGCCGUGGGCUCCGUGGUGGAAAGUGCCUUCCGGAGGCUGAAGCACCUGCAGGUCUUGGACAUAGAAGGCAACUUUGAGUUUGGUGACGUUUCCAAGGACCGGGGCCAGUUGGAGGAAGAGGAUGAGGAAGACGAGGAGGAUGAGGAUGAGGAGGAUGAGGAAAGGCGAUAG